CCACGUGAUCCGUAGCAGACGACGUGACGUCACGAUAGGGGUCGGAAUCCAAGAUGGCGCGCAGCAGGUGGAAACUUUCCGGCCCGUAUUUCGCAGUUCUGGUCGCGUUUUUUCCGGCGUCCCUUGCUUCUCCUCCGGACAUACGGUUCGACGAGAAGGCGAAAUAUGAUCAUAUCGUGGACAGUUUGAACAUUUUGACCUAUUUGUUCCUGCUGGUCCUCACAGUGGUCACCAUAUGGAUGUUCAAGCAUCGACGGCUGAGGUUCAUCCACGAGACGGGCCUGGCCGUCAUUUACGGCCUGAUCAUCGGAGCCAUCCUCCGCUACACGUCGAGCACGACGGAGAUCUCCCACUGGGACGUCACGGCCGUGUCGACAAACGCCACGGAGGCGAUGAUCCCCCCGGACACGCUGCGGGUCGAGGUCCCCCUCUCCAUCGUCAAGUCCACCCAGACCGUGAUGGUGAACAAGACCUUCUCCUACACGUUCAAGGGGGAGAUCACGGAUGCGACGGAGAACGAGAUCGAGGAAAAGGCCACUUUCGAUCCCGAGAUCUUCUUCAACAUCCUCCUGCCGCCGAUCAUCUUCAACGCUGGCUAUAGCCUGAAAAGGAAAUAUUUCUUCCGGAAUCUUGGAACCAUCAUGACCCUUGCUUUCUUGGGGACAACGAUUGCCGCUACUGUCACAGGUUCCAUCAUCUACGGUUUCGUCCAGCUGUUCCAAGCCGUGGACGUCCUGGAGCGUGGUUUCUCCUUCGCCGACUGCCUCAGCUUCGGCGCUCUCAUCUCCGCCACCGACCCAGUGACCGUGCUGGCCAUCUUCAACGACCUCCAGGUGGACACCAGCCUCUACAUCCUCGUGUUCGGAGAGAGCGUCCUGAACGACGCCGUCGCCAUCGUGCUCACCGGCGCCAUCACGGAAUACACGGAGACGUACGCGUCGGGGUCGACGUUCGACGGCAUCGCAUUCCUGAAGGCGUUUGGAAAGUUCGUUUCCACCUUCUUCUGCAGCCUCUUCAUCGGAUGCGCCAUGGGCUGUGCCACGGCUAUUAUAUCCUUUCCUAUUUUCCUCAACCUGGUGAUGGGAGAUGCUCGCAUUUUGUCGUUAAAAUUCCUGGUUUCACCUAUGUCGAUCCGGUUGCAAUCCCGCGAGGGUCCGACCUCGCGUUCCGAGUACCGACGUAUCGUGGCUGUGCUCUUCUGUGGGAUCUGCCAGGCGCAUUACACCUACAACAACCUGUCGGCGGAGUCGCGGACGAGGACGAAGCAGCUGUUCGAGGUCCUCAACUUCCUCGCCGAGAACUUCAUCUUCUCGUACAUCGGCGUGUCGAUGUUCACCUUCCCGUGGCAUCGGUGGCACGGAGGAUUCAUCUCGGCAUCUUUCCUCGCCAUAGCGAUCGGCAGGGCUGCGAACAUCUAUCCACUCUGCUUCCUGCUGAACCUCGGAAAGAAGAGGCCCAUCCCUACGACCUUUCAGCACGUGCUCUUCUUCUCGGGGCUGAGAGGUGCCAUGGCAUUUGCUUUGGCCAUACGAAACACCGUGUCGUCGGCUCGGCAGAUGGUCCUGACGACGACUUCCCUCAUCGUCAUCGUCACCGUCAUCGUGUGUGGUGGGUCUACCUCACAGGUUCUCUACUGGCUUGGAAUCAAGUGUGGCAGUGAUGAACCAGAACAUGAGAUCCUCAACAAUGGCCCUCAUUCGAUCAAGUGUGGCAUUUAUGCCCCUCCGCAGACCAGGUGA